AAAAUGUUAAAUAAAUCAGGAAGAGUCAUAAUACUUACAAUAAGAAACUCAUACUCCUGUAUUAAUGCUCCGUUCGGAGGGAGUCACAGCUGUGUUGUGUGCGCGCAAGCUCUCUCUCUCCACACACACACGGAGUGGCUAAAAGAGUUACCCUGCAGUUACGACUUCUUCAGACGAUUAUUAUUAUUACCAGGGCUCAAAUCUUAUUAAUAUAGACGUGAGUGCACUGUAUUAUAUUGGCAUUUAGCAGACGCUCUUUUCCAGAGCGACGUACAACAUACCCAGAGCAGUUGGGAGUUAGGUGCUUUCAGCCCUCCUGCUGGUAUAGGAACAAGAACCGGAAACCUUUUGGUCCCAAAGCUGCUUCUUUAACCAAUUAGGCCAUAGCCUCCCCCAAUAAACACGUUGACCUAGGUGACGUGAGGCAGUGACACUUUUCUCACUGUAGUCAGGUCAACACCCUACUAAAGUAAACACUGAUUUUCUAUGCCGUAAAACCAUUGCGGUUAACACUAUGGACAGGUUGCCAAUAUAUCAUGGAAAUAACACAGAGACAUUCACACCUAUGGGCAUUUUAAAGUAGCCAGUUUACCUACUCUGCAUGUCUUUGGACUGUGAUAGGAAACCCAUGCAGUGGGGAGAACAUGCAAACUCCACACCGAAAGUCAACUCAGGAAACCCAUGCAGUGGGGAGAACAUGCAAACUCCACACCGAAAGUCAACUCAGCACAAUCAGCAAUUUGAGGAAAAUCUGGAAGUUAUCAUUGCAGCCUGUGCUGUGAUGGGUGUUUGGAACUGUGUGACUGUGCACCCCUUAAAUAUUGCUGCAGGAGUCUGGAUGGUGUUGAUGGCAUGUGUGUUGUUCAUCUGUGAAGUCCCAUUCUGCUGUCAAUUUGUGGAGUUUGCAAAUGCUGUAGCAGACCGAGCAGACAGGAUGCGACCCUGGCAGAAAGCAGUGCUUUACUGUGGGAUGGCACUGUUCCCAGUGUUUCUCAGCCUUUCCAUCACCACACUGUUUGGGAAUGCCAUUGCCUUUGCUACAGGAGUGCUUUAUGGACUUGCUUCCCUUGGAAAGAAGGGGGAAGCGGUUAGCUACGCCCGGCUGCAGCACCAGAAACAAGCUGACGAUGAAAAACUUGCAGGCACAACAGAUGGCUAGGCUCUGUGACUCCUCUCCCUUCAGUUACCUCUCCUAUCCCUCUCUAUCUAUCUGAAAGAUUUUUCUACAACUAAUGUGAUUUUUAUUUAUGCUAGAUUUAUUACUUUUCCAUCAGGCUUGAGAUCCAUGCUCUGUUCAUGUUGUAUAUUCCUUUUUUUGGUGUUUGAAUUUUUCUGCUGCAAGGGUGCUCAGGUCAUGAUUGGCCGUUGUACAGUGACUUUUUUGUUUCCUUUUUAUUUCAAAUGCUUGAUUCAGACAUUUAACUUCAUACACAGACAUCUGAACAUAAAUUCAGAAUGCAUGUUACUGACUUAUCCUCAAUUCCCUUUUAUGUUUGUAUUUACAUCGCUUACAGCAGCUGUUGGGAGUUGUGGUAUGGGGUGUUUCUCCCCCCCACCUGAUUUCUCCACUUUGUAGAUUAAAACUGACUAAAAUGG